CACCCACAAAACACCUUGCUCCACCCACACCACUGACGGGCCAAUUGUUGGUACAGGACCCAUAUGAUAACCGUACUGAGUUUCCUUUCCUCCGGUUCGGGCUUUUUCAGCCCGUAACCGGAAGCACUCAGUGUUGGCUUGGCGUCCUGCCAUGGGAACAAACACAACACAAGGCUCCUUGUGAAUUGUGAUGACGUGACCAGUGACCACCAUCCAUCCAUCCAUCCAUCCCCAACACAACGUCCCACCCUCACUCCUUUCUCUUUCCAUCCCCAGAAACAAAGAAACAGUCACACUUCAUUAUUCUAUAACCCAUUCCCUCCCCUUUCUCUUUCUCUUCUCUUCUUCUUACUCCCUCUCCCUGCAUAACAACGAUGGGCAAUGCCAAUGGGAGAGACGAUGUGAACGGUACUCCAUCCGGAACCGAAGGAGAAGAAGAAGAAGAAGAAGAAGAAGAAGAAGAAGAAGAAGAAGACGACGGAGAAGAAGGUGGUUCUGACAGUGUCACCGAUUGCAUGUCUUCCAAUCCUUCUCACCAUGCGCCCUCGGAGUUGAUGGGUCAUUCUCCCCCUGCUAGCCCUAGAGCUACCCAAUCUCCAUUCAUGUUCACCCCACAAGUUCCGGUGGUUCCGCUACAAAAACCUGAUGAGAUGCAUGCUCCAAGCCCUUCCUGGAUGCAGACUACGUCAGUUUAUGAGGAUAUGUACUGUGAACUGGGAAUUCCAACGAUGAUUACUUGGAGCUAUGAUGGGAAGGAAGUUGCCGUGGAGGGUUCGUGGGAUAAUUGGAAAACAAGAAUGCCUUUACAGAGAUCAGGGAAGGACUUCACAAUAAUGAAGGUGCUGCCAUCUGGUGUAUACCAAUUUAGAUUUAUUGUGGAUGGACAGUGGAGGUACGCACCUGACUUGCCUUGGGCUCAAGAUGAUUCAGGGAAUGCUUACAACGUUUUGGACUUGCAGGAUUAUGUUCCUGAAGACAUUGGAAGCAUUUCUAGUUUUGAACCUCCUCAAUCACCAGACUCUAGCUAUAACAACUUGCAACUUAGUUCUGAAGAUUAUGCAAAGGAGCCGCCAUUGGUUCCUCCAUAUUUACAAAUGACGCUUCUUAACGUUCCGUCAACAAAUAUGGAAGUCCAACCUCUUACAUCCAGACCUCAGCAUGUAGUGCUCAAUCAUCUUUACAUGCAGAAAGGAAAGGGUAGCCCUUCAGUGGUUGCACUUGGUACAACUCAACGGUUUGUAGCCAAAUAUGUGACUGUGGUGCUGUACAAGUCUUUGCAGAGGUAAGCAACAUAAAUUAGAUGGACUGUGUAGUCUUUAAAAGCCUUUAAGUUAAUAUAGCUUCGAGCAGUACGGUUAUAAGUGAGCGAGAAAUUCUGAACUUCAUAAGGAUCAUUACAUGAAAGUGAAGAUUGUGGUACAUAUAAUGCAAUUGCUUGAUGGCCAUUCAUCAUGCAAUUCAGUUUCCAUUCUUACAUCAUUUGAUGAUGCUAUUCUCUAGGAAUGUUUUUUGGUACAUUUUGAUUUUUUUGGUACAUAUUUCCAGGAAUUUUGAUUAAACCACACUAAAAUAAAAGGAAAUAAAUUUUUAUUUUUAUUUUUAA